AUGGCCGACGCAGCACACGACAACUAUGGCAAGAUCGACUUCUGCACGCUGGGAAUGUUUAUCAUCGAUGAGAUCGAGUUUCCCCCACCAAAGCCGCCAGUCAAAGACAUCGUUGGCGGAGCUGGAUCAUAUUCCGCAUUAGGCGCACGCAUCUUCUCCCCGCCGCCACAAUCAGAGUCUGUGGGUUGGAUUGUAGACUGCGGGUCUGACUUCCCACCUGAACUGCGCGACUUUAUUGCACAAUGGAAGACAGGUGCACUGAUACCCUUUCGAUACUUGACACCGAAGUUACGCGUGGAUCAUGAGGAUCUGAGGGAUACAGACCUGUUGUGGUCCAAGUCGUUUCACCUGAUCUGUUCUCCGCUACGUUGCAUCGACCUGGUUGAGAACAUCAUCGCAUUACGCAACCAACAUCCUAAUUCGGCCAAUACACCUCGCCCGGUAUUCAUCUGGGAGCCUGUUCCUGAUCUUUGUACGCCUGAAGAGUACGAUAAUUGCCUGAAGGCGCUAAAGCAUGUCGACAUUGUCAGUCCGAACCACGGGGAACUUGGCGGCUUCUUUGGCAAGAACACCGACGGGAAGGAUCAUGUGGAUUUCCGAACAAUCGAAGAGCUAUGCGGUCAGUGGCUAGACAGUGGUGUGGGUAAUGGCAAUGGUGGGGUCGUCGUGCGUUGUGGGAAAGACGGUUGCCUGGUUAUGCGCAAAGGGUUAGGCAAUGGGUUGCGCAAAUGGAUGCCUGCGUACCACCAGUCAGCAGAGAAAGUGGAAGAUCCUACAGGAGGAGGCAACAGCUUUCUCGGUGGACUGGCAAUCGGCCUGGUUCGGGUACCAGGACAUCUCGAGGAGGCUGCGAUCUGGGGAUCCGUUUCGGCGAGCUUCGCCAUUGAGCAAGUUGGUAUGCCCGUUCUCUCACAAGCAGCAGACGGGGAGACAUGGAACGGGGUUCGCGUCGAAGAUAGGCUUUCAGAUUUCAAGCAGCGCCUGGCUAGUUAUGUACAGCCAUAG